AUGACUUCCAAAGAUUCAGAGAAGCCAACUAUCGUCCAUGACCCAGAACCGAUUGACCUCUUUACCAAGGAGUCACUGGGCAUGGAUAACCAAGUCUACGAAACCAAGUUUGCAUCACUUGGACGAUGGGCCGUUGUCAAGACCUUUUGGAAGGCUCUCCUUUUCUGCAUGAUCUUGAAUUGGGCAGCCCUGAACGAUGGCUUCCAGCAACAGAUCCCCGGUAACGUAAUCCCGAUGCAAGCCUUCAUCAACACCAUGUCCGACACUACAAUCAACGGCAAGCCAGCCGUCAGCGCUCGAGUUGUGUCCUACUGGCAGGGUUUUGCUGAGAUGUCCAAGACUCUCGGCAUGUUCACUGGUGGUUACUUUGCCGAUAGACUGGGUAGAAAGAAGGCUCUCUGCGGUGCGAUCGUUAUACUUCUCGGAGGCUCUAUUGCGGAGAUCACAGCAUCUGGCUGGAAGAGUUGGCUCGGAGCUGCUGUUCUGGUCCGGCUUGGUGUCGGACUUGCACAGUCGAUCCUCAUCACCUAUGUCUCGGAGCUCACACCUUUCCAGAUUCGAGGUCUGAUGAUUGGUGCUUAUCAACUAUGCCUUGGCAUCGGACAGCUUAUCAGUGCGAUCGCAACACAACUCAUUACUAUCCAUCAGCCGACCAAAUGGAGACCUCUGAUUGCCACCGAGUUCAUUUUUACUGGACUUCUUAUCUUGAUGGUAUGGCUCGUUCCCGAGUCUCAUAUCUACUACGCUCGUAAGGGAGACGACGACAAGGCCAAGAAGUCAAUGCUCACACUCUACGGUAACAUUGAUGGAUACGAUGUCGAACAUGAGUACCGUGUCAUUCAGCACGGUAUUGAAGCUGAGCGACAGCUACAUCUCGAGUCCAAGUCUUCCUCCUUCUUUGAGAUCUUCGACAAGCAUAACUGGCGAAGAACUUUGGCUGGAUGCAUGGGUAUCUGCAGUCAAUGGGCAGCAGGAGCACCAAUUGUGUUCUCGUACUCGACAUAUUUCUUCGCUGUCGCUGGCCUGAAGGAUCCCUUUCUCGUCACCAUCAUUACCUUCGUUCUACUUAUUAUCGCAAUUGUGUCGUCUCUAAUCGCUUGCGAGUUCAUUGGUCGCAGACCUCUUCUUGUCGGUGGAUGUUUCGCCAUGAUGCUUUUCAACGUCGGCCUAGGAACUACUGGUUUCUUCAAGAACCCAGCAUCGGACAAGGCUGCCUUGGGGUGUCUUCUCCUCUGGGUCAUUGCUUACGGCUGUUCAGCCGGACCAAUUGGUUUUGUUGCCGCCGGCGAAACUUCAACUCCACGUCUACGAGCCCAGACGACCUCAUUCAAUCUGGGCUGCUAUGGUCUUGGAUUUGUCGUCUUCCAAUGGACGGUUUCUUACAUGAUCAGCCCGGAUGCUGGUAACCUUGGCGUCAAGGCGGUGUUUGUCUGGGCUGGAUUGUUGGUACCCACGACUGUUCUUCUUUGGUUCUUCUACCCCGAGACCUAUGGUCGAAGUUACUGGGAGCUCGACGAGCUUUAUGCCCGGAAUAUCCCCGCUUGGCGAUUCAAGAAUACUCCAACUUUGGUUGACGAAAGUGGUGGCAAGAACCGAGCUCUGAUGUCUGGACGAAAUGAACAUUCAACAAACCAGAAUAUCAUGACUUGA